AAAGAAGCCUUACAGAUUGUUGAGUCACCUAUGUCUGAUAAACUAUUGCAUUAUAAAGAAAUAGUGGGGUUAAUCCCUCAUUUUAUUGGAUUAGCUAGAGAAGUAGAGGUAAACCCUGUUCUCAAUUCAGAGCAACUGCUGCAAACAGCUAUUUUGCUUUCUGAGAAGAUUGACGAGACAAAGCACAGUCUGACUUUUGUUGUAAGUUCUUGGUACAGGCUGGCAAGGCAGUUUAAUUGGCUUUAUGCCUCCAUGUAGUUCUCAUGAUGAAAUCCAAAGUUUCGAUGAGAUCAUGGAGAUUUUAGAGACGCUGGUUCAGUUAAUUAGCAAAGUGGUCCAUUCAGAUGACAGAAAAUUGGUCCCCGAGUGUUCCAGCCUUCGGGAAAUUUUCCUGCGAGUUCAAACUAAGUUCACUUGUGUACAAACUAGAACAAAAUACCUGCUUGAAAAAGCACAGGAUAUUAGUAAAUCUCACCCUGAUUUCGCUAAACAGGACAGAUUGGAUGCAAGUUGCAUUCUGUGGUCUGUUACCAUCCAAGCAUUGUUAAAUAUUGUAGAUCAGUUUAUAGGAAGAGAUGUAUUGGCCUUAAAAGAGUUACAAACUAAAAUGAAAUACCGGAUUUGCUUGCAGAGCACGCUGACAACAGUAUCUGAAAAUUCUGUUAGAAUACAGGAAGCUGCUAAGUUGUCAAUUAUGUUAUGUGCUAGACAAGGUAUUGAGCAUGAGAUCCCAUCUCAAACAGAACAGAUCAAAAUAUUGACAGAAUCUCUGCUUCAAGUUGCAAAUGCUCUGGCAGUCUCUCCAAUAGCUGCUCCCAGUGUAUUGGUUCAGUUUGAGGUUCUCCAAAGAAAACUUGCUCUAACAGCCAAAGCUGUCUUGCUUCAAUUGAAUGGACUCAAUGGAGAAUACUUGAGCAGCAUCCAGAGUGUUGUCAGAUUAAGCCAAUUUAUAUCACAUGGCACUGGAAGUAACAGUGACCUCAUCCCAAAGGAGACCUUUGGAAGAAAGGCAGCCUUCUUCAAAGCAAAUAUCCAAACGGUGGACAAAGUCAUUCGGGAUGCACUGGAGGAGCCAUCCAAAUUUCUAAAGCCGAAAGAGAAUUUACUCGCCACUACAGAGAACCUUCUCCUCCUUACGGAUGAAAUUAUGGGACUAGUUGGACAAUUCCACAGCCAACUAGACCAGCGUCAUCAUCUGGUAGAUAGUCUUCUGUAUGAGUGGUCUGCCAAAGCUGGGUACCUUGUGAGACAGCUUCAGUCCACGAAGGGCAUCAGUGAAACAGUUCUGCAAGUCGUUAGAAGGUGCUUACAAAAUGAUGAGGAACAUAUUUAUUCCAUCCAGCCUUCCUCGUUGAAGAAAGAAGAUUGCACGCAGCAUCAGAACACCCCGUCCCCAGGACACAAAACCAUCAAGGCUGGAGAAGGAUUUUUUUCUGCCAGUGACAAAAUUACCAUGCAUUGGGAAGAUCUUCCAAAUGAUUUCCAGCCUAGUCACCCUGAAUACAGUUUGAGAUCCAGUCCAACUUCCUCACUGGGAGGCUCGGAGAACCAUGGCUGUCUUAUUCCACAAAUAAUCGAGGAAAUCAGAAUUCAAGUGUCAUACAUGGCCCAGUUUCUAAAAAGGAAAGGGCCAAUCAUGACGAAAGAGGGAGUCAUUGCCACUGCUAUUCAAGUUAUUGCUGGAGGGGAAGCACUGGUGAAAUUUGCUGUCAGAAUUUCAAAGGAUUGCUUAGAUGAAAGAUGUGCAGCUGAACUGCUGUGUGCCUUGGAGAAAACAAAAACAAUUAACUAUCAGCUUAGCAUCAUUACCCGGGUAAUUGCAUCAACAGGUAGCAGUAGGUCGUCUGUGGAACACCUUGUAAGCAAUGCUCAAAAUCUCUUCCAGGGAGUUCUUCAAAUGCUUAUGGCAGCAGAAGCAGCUUGUGUCAAAGGUUUGCAAAACCCAUCUCCUGAUAUAGAAGAAUCAAAUACAGCUGCAUUUUGCACCCAAUGGAGGAAGAGUCUUCAUUCGUAUGGGACCAAGGAAAGUUUGAAUUCAGACAAAGAGGAGUUGGGUCUCUGCAAAACAGGACUGUGGCCCAGUCCUCUUUCACCUCUGUGACCUUGAAACUUUAUUAUAAUAGUAAAAAUCCAGUCCCUCUAAAUACAAGUAGUCCUCACUUAGCAACUGCUUCAUUCAGCAAUCGUUCAAAAUUAUAACGAUGCUGAAAAAAUGACUUUACAACCAAUGCCCACAUUUAUAACCUUUGCAGCGUCCCUCAGUCACAUGAUUGCCAUUGUAGCCACAACAUGUUGUCUCUGUCCUGACCCAUUGUUUUUCAAUAGGAAGCAAUAGGAAAUAUUUAUUUUAUUUUUUUAUUUAUUAUUAAAUUUAGUCGCCUAUUCGCCCAUGGGGACUCAAGGCAGCU